UUCCGUCCACCCCUUUCCAUAGAGCCAGUUCCGGCGACUAGCGACCUGCUAACCCGCGAGUAUCAGUGACCUGCUAACAAAUGCAGUGCAGUGGUGGGAGCAGCAGUCGAUUAGUCACGGGUCUCCCUAAAAAGGUAACAGUGACAGAGGGCUUCACUGCACUGAGAGCCAACCGGAUUUGAAGGUUUGGCGAAACCUUCAGCAGCGAUCGAGGGUUGUGAGUUCAUUGGAAAAGAGCCUUCGACUGAUUCUCCAACUGCAUCAGAAGGGUAAAACAAUGGCGGCUUCUCCAGCCGCACCUGGUAGAACAAACAACUGUAGUGUUCAGUUCCUCAAGCAGCAGACAACUUGAAGGAGCAAUAGUGGAUUCUCUGGUUGAGCUUGGAAAACCGGCAGUCGUGGUCUUCCAAGCCAUCGAAUGAUAUUGAUCUCCUUGACUCUGAUACCACUGAUGGUGCCUUUGGUCCAUUCUACGUUUCUUGAGCAAGUUCACCAAUGGAUUCUCCAGGUAGCAGCAGCAAUUGAAACAAGAGAACAAUGAGAGAUCAAAGCAAAGAGAAUUUGCAGGUUUGCUUCUAUGAGGCACAAAGGAGGGUUGACCAUCUGGCCCCGAUACCAAUGUUGGGACUUUGUGGGUUCCAUCCAAUUUCUCAACCCAGCAUCAACAUUAACCGGCGAGAGUAAACCUGCAACCAACAGGAUAGCAACGCAACAGCGUAGGGGAGAGAUAGAAAGAGGUAUUGUGGACUUGAUGGAUGAUGCGCAGCGGUAUUGUGGGUCUUUUAGCGUCUACGCGUCUUCUGCCAUGCCUUCUACACGAGGCAUCAGCUGUUGGGGUUUUUUCCUUGUGUCAUUCUUCAACGGUUUUACACAGGCGUCGACUUCACUAUGGCUACCUUCUCCGCUCCUGCACCAAUGUCAUGUCACUUGGGCAACUGCACGCUCAGCUCUUACUAAUUGGAGGAUCUUCGAACCCCGCAAUAUGGGGCCAGUUGGUGAGUCCGUACAUCAAGUUUGGGUGCCUGGACACUGCUCGAAAAGUGUUCGACGAAAUGUCUCAAAGACAUAUUGCCAUAUGGAAUGCCAUGAUAAUUGGCUAUUCGAGAGGUGGUUUUUGUUUGGAAGUUGUCGACUUGUAUCAUAGGUUGGUUGCCGAGGGGGUUCGGCCCGAUAGCUCGACGUUUACUCUAGCGAUCCAGGCAUGCACCAAGCUUCGAGAUUUGGGGAUGGGAAAUGAGGUUCUAAAUUUUGCACUACAGUCCGGAUAUGGCGAUGAUGUGUUUGUUGCGUCUGCUGCUGUCAAUAUGUUUGUUAAAUUUGGCAGAAUGGAUAGUGCGAUUAGAGUGUUUGAGAAAAUGCCGAGGAGAGACCUGGUUACCUGGACGAUUAUUAUUUCUGGUUAUGCACAAUGUGGAAUGGGAGACAAGGCUUUGAGUUUUUUCCGGAGAAUGCAGUCGGUGGGCAUUGGUGGUGAUGCGAUCGUCAUGGUGGGUCUGCUUCAAGCUUGUGCCAGGAUGGGGACACUUAAACUUGGCCUCUCUGUUCAUGCACAUAUCUUUAGGAGGGAAUUCCCCAUGGACGUGGUGUUGAGCACGAGUAUUGUUGAUAUGUAUGCUAAAAAUGGCGCAUUGGCUGAGGCUCGCCGCUUGUUUGAUGCGAUGCCUCAUAGAAAUGUGGUUUCCUGGAGCGCGAUGGUGUCUGGAUAUGCACAAAAUGGGUAUGCAGGCGACGCACUUAGCCUGUUUGUUGCAAUGCAACAAGAGACAUGUGAGGUAGAUUUAGUUUCUCUUGUGAGUGCACUGCUUGCUUGUUCACACAUUGGUCUCCUUCAACAAGGAAAGUCUAUACAUUGCUUCAUAAUCAAGAAGCUUGAUUUGGAUGUGAUUUCGGCCACUGCCUUGAUUGAUAUGUACGCAAAAUGUGGUAACUUAGUGACGGCACGUAGGUUAUUUGAUUGGAUGAGCUUUAGAGAUUCAAUUGCUUGGAACGCAAUGAUCUCAAGCUAUGGCGUUCACGGUCUUGGAAGGGAUGCAAUUGCGCUGUUUAAACAGAUGCUGAACAGCCAGGUGAAGCCAGACGAUGCUACAUUUGCUUCUUUAUUAUCUGCGUGCAGUCAUACAGGCCUUGUUGAGGAAGGUCAGCAUUGGUUCCACCUGAUGUCAAAGUUCUGCAUUCAGCCUGGUGAGAAACACUAUGCUUGCAUGGUUGAUCUAUUGGCUCGUGCAGGUCGACUCCACGAAGCGCACGAGUUAAUCAAGUCAAUGGUAGUAAAGCCAGGGAUCUCUGUUUGGAGUGCGCUGCUUGCUGGGUGCAAAAACUAUCGUGAUACUGAACUUGGUGUGGUGGUGGCGAACAUCAUUUUUGACAUGCAACCGGAUGAUCCAGGCAUGUACACAUUAGUUUCCAAUGUUUAUGCCUUGGGAAAGAAGUGGGAUGGUGUUGCUGAAGUUAGAACGAUAAUGAAGAAGAAGGGGAUGAAGAAGACACCGGGUUUCAGCAUAACACUUGUGAAUGGGAAGCUUCAUGGAUUCACAGCGGAGGAUAGGACGCAUCCUCUGCACAGGGAGAUGAUGACACUUCUAGAGGCUCUAGAUUAUCAAAUCAGAAAGGCUGGUUAUGUUCCAGAUACUCGGUCUGUGCUGCAUGAUCUGGCGGAGGAGUUGAAGGAAGAGAUGCUCUGUGGUCAUAGUGAGAGGCUAGCAAUUGCUUUUGGCCUUUUGAACACGAGUGCAGGUUCACGGAUCACGGUGACAAAGAACCUGCGCAUUUGUGGCGAUUGCCAUACUGCCAUCAAAUUUAUCUGCAAGAUUGUGAAUCGGGAAAUCGUUGUGAGGGAUGUCAAGCGUUUUCAUCAUUUCAAGGACGGAAAGUGUUCCUGUGGGGAUUAUUGGUGAAUUGAUGCUGGUUUGGACCUUUUUCGAUCUCCAGCCUGCUGGUGCUCGGUGUAGCCUCGUCAUGGUCUUGUCGAGCUUCUGUCUCAUCCAAGUCAAUGUCAAGUUACUCAAUGGUCUGUAAGAAGCUGCCCAUCUCACGCGUUUAGUAUAACUGAUUAGGCGAGUGGACAAGCUUCAUGCUGAGGACGAAUUGUUUCAUUCAGAUUAGGGUGCGAAUUUCAAGGGUUGACAAGCUUCUUGAAAGAACAUGGAAUAGGCCACCGGAUACCAUGUCCACAUGCCACAACAAAGUGGCAUGGUAGAAAGAAGGCACUGACAAAUAUCCUCCUCCUAUUGCUCGCUUGUCUUAGCCAGAACCCAAAAAUGCAUAGGCUGUUCAAAUUCCACAUUAGUAUGAAGCUAUGAAGUCUGAACUUAAAGCCUUGUACCAAGAUAAAACUUGGACAUUAGUCACACCUGACUAUGGUAAAAGCAUUAUAAGGUCAAACUGGGUGUUUAAAGUGAAGAGAAAAGCGUAUGAGUCUCUUGAAUGGUAUAGGCACGGUUGGUUGCAAAAGAGUAUAGUUAGCAAGAAGGACUAGAAUACUUCCAAAGUCAAGCCAAAAACCAUAAGAAUAGUCUUUAUUAUCACUUUGCGCAAAGGAUGGUGCACAAGAUAGUUAGAUGUUUAAACACAUUCUUACAUUGCAGCUUAGAAGAAAUUGUUUACAUGCAACAGCCACCGGCAUUUGAGGACCCUUAUCAACCCAAUUAUGUGUAAACUACACAAGACACUCUAUGGGUUGAAACAAGCACCAACAUUCUUGGUACUCACGUUUGAGUGCUUUUCAUUCUUAAU